UGGCGGGAGGCGCGCGAACCAACCAAACCCUAUCUCCUGCUCCUUUCCUCCCUCCAAAACCCCAGGGGAAUCCGGUUCCCCAUGGCAGCAUCCACCACCUCCAAUGGCGCCGCCGCUCGCCGUCGUUGGCUCCGCCAUAGCCUCACCGAGCUUUCGCACCGCCCUCCCCCGCCGCAUCCGGCCGCGGAAGCUCCUCUCUUGGCGCUGCCCCGCCCGGCCCAGCGACGAGGAUUAUUACUUGAUCGAUGCGGAGGAGUCCAUUGGGGACGGCUUCUCGUUCAGUGGAGGGAAGUACGGGGAAGGCCCAAGUAAGUCGGACGAGUGGUUUGGUCAGGGGAGAAUGGUAAACGCUUAUCCAGUAUACGGGGACAAAGGGAAGGCAAAAGAUCCUUUCUUUGGCCUGACGAUGGGAUCAGGAUCUCAAUCUUCAGAUGAUGUUUUCAGAUGGUUUUGUGUGGAGGCUGGGAGCUCUUCUAAUGCUAAAGUGCUUUUAAUUCACGGCCUUCCGUCUCAGGCAUACUCUUAUCGCAAUGUGCUGCCUGUACUAUCAGACAAAUAUCAUGCCAUUGCUUUUGAUUGGCUCGGGUUUGGAUUUUCCGAUAAGCCUCAACCAAAGUACGGUUUUGACUAUACUCUUGAUGAGUAUACCUCAUCCUUGGAAUCGCUAGUCAAUGUUGUUGCUCCUGACAAGCUCUCUAUUGUCGUUCAGGGUUACUUCGCUCCAGUCGCAGUGAAAUAUGCUAAUGAACAUCAAGACAAGCUGAACCAUCUUGUACUAGUUAAUCCACCGAUAACUGAUCAACAUGUGAAGCUUCCAUCCACCCUCGCAUCGUUCAGCAACUUCUUGUUGGGCGAGGUGUUUUCUCAGGAUCCUCUCAGAGCUAGUGAUAAGGUCUUGAUAAGUUGUGGUCCAUACAAGAUGAAAGAGGAAGACGCUAUGGUGUACAGAAGGCCGUACCUCGUCUCUGGUUCUUCUGGGUUUGCACUGAAUGCAAUAAGCAAAGCUAUGAAAAAGGACCUUAAGGCUUACAUUGAAUCCAUGAGGAGCAUAUUAGGAAGUGAUUCAUGGAAAACAAAGACAACAAUAUGCUGGGGAUUGAGAGAUCGUUGGCUCAGCUAUGAUGGGGUGGAAGAUUUUUGUGGGGGCCUAAAUCACAAGAUUGUGGAGCUGCCAAUGGCGGGGCACCAUGUGCAGGAGGAUCGGGGUGAAGAGUUAGGCAAUAUAAUCAAGCGUAUACUGAGCAGAUGACCGCGAUCAUGUGGGGGCAGGCUCUAGAACAUGCCAAAAUCAGAUGCGCUGCAUAGGGGGUCAAAACACAAAAUGUGGCAAACCAAUAGGGAUAUGCACUUCUACUGGUAUGAAAAGCGAGUCUGCACCGGCCCAUUGAAGGCCAAUCCACUCUUUGGAUAAGUUUGUCAAGACACUGCCCUAAAGUCAUGCUAUACAUUUUCGGACAACAACAGCAAUAUCGGUUUGUGUGUCGGUUCUUAGAAUAGGAUCCCUGCCUGGUUUAGGCGUUUGACUCCUGUUUCUAAAUGAUAUGAAAUUAUAAAUGCUCUUAAACAAGAUCAGGAUAACCAAAAUGAUUAUACUAAAAUGGUGACGAUAACAA